GGUGUGAACAGGUUCUGCUCUCAGUCUGAGAUCAUAUUGAUGGAAUGAUGGAUCAGAGUUUAAUAUAGAAAUGGUUUUAUUGCUCAAUAACUCUAAGGUCAGUUGUGUAAAAACCAGCAGCUAAAUUACAGCUAAAUUACAGGUUCAGUAAGACUGGGUUUAUAAACGAUCUGUGGUCUAAUAAACUCAGCUGUGUUUGUUUUCAUCAAUAAUUAGAUUUGUUUUUAAAUUCCAGCUGAAAGCUUGUCUCUGAUUGGAUGAAUCUGAGCUGAUGGGCCUUUAUAGUCGAGGACAUUUGUGUUUUGAAGAUACUCUGUGAUUUGAGAAGAGUGCAAACUUCCAGAACUUCAGUAUUCUUACUAAAGAAAAACACGGCUGGGAGAAUGAGGUCGGCUGUGUUCAUGUUCAGCUGUUUGUGUCUGAGUCUUGCGGCUCCAGUAGAGGAACAUCACGAGCGUGAGGCCAGAGAUGCCAGUGAAGAAGAGGAUCUUCGUGUUUUACUAACAGAAAUGAAAGAAACUUUGGCUACGAUCAACAACAAUAACGCCCCGGUUCCUGAAGUUCCUCCACAGCUGCCCCAGGACCCCCAGGCCUCUCUCCAGCCCAGACCCGCCAUCAUUCUGGCUCCUCUCCCCCCGGCUGCCCCCCAGCUCGAACCCAAACCCGCGCAGGGUCCCGCUACCCCUCAGAUUAACCUCUUCAUUUCCACCAACCCCCAGCAGGGCGGCGCCGGCGCUCCACAGCCACGCCCUCGGCCGGCCUUUCCGGGUCAGGAGGUUCUGAUCGGGGGGGCGCCGGUCCCGCCAAUGCCUUUUCUGCCCCCAGCAGGUGCAGCACUUCCCCUCCCGAACCUCGCCCCUCAGGACGUCCCGAUGAUGGCCGCUCUGCCGGAGCGGGACCCACAAAACCCCCCUCAGAACCAGUUCAUCUACCCGACGGGGCAGUACCCGUUCAUUAACCCCUACCUGAACCCAUACGGGAACCCCUAUGGGAGCCUACAUGGGAACCUGUACGGGAACCCCUACGGGAACCUGUACGGGAACCCCUACCUCCAGGGCCCUUACGGCAUAAACAGGGGCUUCAGACCCCCGCCCAUCGCUAUCACCCCCCCCAUCAUCUUCAGAGAGCGCACCGCCGGGGCCACCAUCCCAGUAUAGGGCCCUAACCGGGAUCAGCCAGAGCACUGGGAGUAAUGGCCAAAAACACAAACACACACACACUCAUCAAUCCCUUACAGUGUUACAGUUCUGAUUCUGUUCAUCAAUUACGAUAAUUAUUGAUUGAUUUAUUGAUUUUGCGAUAUCCACAGUUUGACAGCUGCUUGUGUGUAUUCUGACUGCAGUGCGAAAUGUAUUGGGAAUUUAAUUCAUAAUAAAAAUUAAUAAAAGUAAAUCACUGCAAGCGUUA